AUCGAGGUUUUUGUUUGGAUAUGCGAGCUUUGGAUUGUGGGAGAGGAGAUGGCAAGGGACUCGUUGGUCGCGGCCGCCGAAUCGCAGAACGCGAUCAAGAAGAAGACGGUGGUUUCGAGAAAUUGGAUACGUUUAGAUUCCAGCGGAGAGGAGACGAUCUUGGAUGCCGACAAGUAUGAGAUCAUGCACAGAGUGCAGAUCCACGCGCGCGAUCUUAGGCUCCUCGAUCCGCUGCUCUCGUAUCCUUCCACGAUCCUGGGGCGCGAGGGGGCAAUCGUACUCAAUCUCGAGCAUAUCAAAGCGAUAAUUACUGCUGAUGAGGUGUUGCUUAGAGAUCCUUACGAGGACAAUGUGAUUCCGAUUGUGGAGGAGCUUCGCAGGAGAUUACCGCCUGCAAAUACUUUCAAGCAAGAACAUGGUGAAGGGAAGGAGAAUUCGAGUGGGCAGCAUGAUGUAGAAGGCGCUGAAGAAGAUGAAUCUCCGUUUGAGUUUAGAGCUCUGGAAGUUGCUUUGGAAGCAAUUUGUAGCUUUCUUGAUGCUCGAACAACAGAAUUGGAGACUGCUGCUUACCCUGCAUUGGAUGAGCUCACUUCGAAGAUUAGCAGUCGUAACUUGGACAGAGUGCGUAAGCUCAAGAGUGCAAUGACAAGGCUGACUGCUCGUGUUCAAAAGGUAAGAGAUGAACUUGAGCAACUAUUGGAUGAUGACGACGACAUGGCUGAUCUGUAUUUGUCAAGAAAAUUGGCUGGAGCAUCUUCACCAGUUAGUGGUUCCGGUGUACCUAAUUGGUUCCCAGGCUCACCAACCAUUGGUUCAAAGAUAUCAAGGGCGAGCAGAGCAAGCGCGGCAACAUUUCAUGGAAAUGAAAAUGACGUUGAAGAGCUAGAGAUGUUACUUGAGGCAUACUUCAUGCAGAUUGAUGGCACCUUGAAUAAAUUGACCACGCUGCGUGAAUAUAUUGAUGACACAGAGGAUUAUAUUAACAUUCAGCUGGACAACCAUCGAAAUCAAUUGAUUCAGUUAGAGCUAUUCCUAAGUUCUGGCACAGCCUGCCUCUCUCUCUAUUCACUAGUCGCUGGUGUUUUUGGCAUGAACAUCCCAUAUUCAUGGAAUGACAACCAUGGUUAUGUGUUUAAAUGGGUGGUUGGGAUAUCUGGAUUGGUUUGCGCCUUACUGUUUAUUCUAAUUGUUGCUUACGCUCGCUUCAAAGGUCUUGUUGGAUCUUGAGAUACGAGAAUGCACAUAAUCAUGGACAUGAAAGAUCAGCUCAAGAAAAUUGUAGCUUCACAGAUAUGUACUUGCAAUUAGAACUUCCCCUCAUUCAUGGACUACACUGCUAAAGCAAAGGAACAUUUCAGUAGAACUCAUAUAGUGUCAUUAUUUUCUCCCAGACUCAAGCAACAUAAUGUCCUCUCUGAGCUUGAAAGGAGAGUGCACAGUUGAGCUUGCAACAAAGUCCCCUCGCAAGUGUUAAUUCUCUAUUUGCAUUUCUGCUGUGAUUGUAUCAGUUCAUUCUGAUUCCACCAUUUUUAUUAUUCAUCCUGUUCUGAAAUCCGGUUACAGGGUUCCGGGGAAAAUGGAUUUGUACAAAAUUGUAGAGUCAUAUGAUGGGACACCGUCCUAAACCUAUCAUUUAUCCAAAUCAAGUGUCCAAUAGAGUUGUUUAUUUUCAUUA